CAUACAUCACAAAGAAUUCCUACGCAGCCGUUGCCAUCUUGCUGUAGGCGUACAGACCUGGCAUCUCCUCCUGGAGACAAGCUAGAUGGAUUCCCCGACCGUCACCCGUAUAUUCCAGCAGCUCUUUGCGCGGCGCUCUCGACAAUGCCUCUAUUUUCAUAAUACGGCUCGUCGGCCUGCGCUUCGGCCCUUUCAGCAGCACAGAACAUACUCGGUUCGUCGAAAGCAAGAUGACAAGGACGGUGGCAGCUCGUGGCAGCAAAGGAUCGAUGCCUUUCCCAAGGACAUGAGUCGGCAAUUGCAAGAGUACCCUCGAGUUACGGCACGCGAUCUGCAACACCGCACGCAGCGACCACGACGGGUGAAAAUGUACGCCAGAGACUUUAUCGAAGACAGUCUAUAUAACCCGAAUUACGGAUACUUCUCCAAGCAUGCGACCAUCUUCAACUCACCCAGACCUUUCCACUUCCCUUCGAUUCGAGAUGGUGCCGAGUUCAACCGUCUCGUCGACCAAAGCUACGUCGAUUUCGAAGACGCCCUCGACAGCGUCGAACCCAACGAGCUCCGCCAGCUCUGGCACACGCCCACCGAACUCUUCCGCCCGUACUACGGCGAGGCCAUUGCCCGCUACCUAGUGACGAACUACAAGAUGACGCUCUUCCCCUACCAUGACCUGAUCAUAUACGAGCUCGGUGCAGGCAAUGGGACCCUGAUGCGGAACAUUCUCGAUUAUAUCUUUGAAAAUGAGCCGGAAGUCUACGAACGGACGAAAUUCAAGAUUGUCGAAAUCUCAAAAUCCCUGGCCGACAUACAACUCACCAACCUGUCCAGAUCCCCGUACGCGGAAUGCCACCUCGAGCAGACGCAGAUCCUCCACCGGUCCAUCUUCGACUGGACCGAGUACAUCCACUCGCCUUGCUUCGUCCUCGCGCUCGAGGUGGUCGACAAUUUCCCGCACGACCAGAUCCGGUACGACCCUGACACCGAGACGCCACUGCAGGGGAGUGUCCUGAUCGACGAGGACGGCGAGUUUUUCGAGUUUUACGAACGCACCCUCGACCCCGUUGCCCUGCGGUACCUACGAGUUCGAGAGGUCGCGGCGCGCUCGCCGUUUUUCACGCCCAUCUCUCAACCAAAACUCCUCCGUCGGCUCCGGCACUCGUUGCCGUUUGCGCCCAACCUGACGAAACCCGAGUACAUCCCCACGCGACUGAUGCAGUUUUUUGACGUUUUGCACCAAUAUUUCCCCGCCCACAGGCUCGUCCUGUCCGACUUUGACUUCCUCCCGGACGCCGUAGCCGGCAUAAACGCCCCCGUGGUGCAGACGCGGUACAAGCGACGCAACGUGCAGGUCACGACCCCCUACGUGCACCAGGGCUACUUUGACAUCUUCUUCCCCACCGACUUUGCCAUGAUGGAGGACAUUUACCGCGCCAUCACCGGCAAGUUGACGAGGGUGUCGUCGCACCGGUCGUUCCUGGAGAGUUGGGCAUACCUGGAAGAGACGCAGGUCCGGAACGGCGAGAAUCCAAUGUUGAAUUGGUACGCCAAUGCGAGCGUCAUGACUACUGUAUAGAGCAAGGUAGUAGUACUCCGUACAUAUUAGGUCCUGAGUAUCCGAGGGCAAGAAAUACAAGACAAGGGCAAUGUGUGUCCCCUUGCGUACAAGGCGCUCAUGCGAUUUUCAAUUGUGAUGUUAUAUUUUAC